GUGAUACGCCUGCCUUCGCCUCCCAAAGUGCUGGGAUUACAGGUGUGAGCCACUGUGCUCUGCCUGUAAGCUUCUUGGUGGUAAAUAUUUUCGCCUCAUUCAACAAUUGUGAUUUCCCUCUCCUUUUUCUAUCACUUUAGCGGCUACAAACUCAGUAAGCUUGUUCCUCUAGUGGUUCAGUGCUGUGCUGACACCUGCUGGUCACAUGAGGUUCAGCAGCCCUGGCCCCACUACCUUCCUCCCUCUGGUAUUAAGAGGGGGGAUAGUCUGUGCCCCUACCUGCCAGGCACUGGAAGAAUAUGCUGUGGUAACAUUGCCCCCCAGCACCACCCUUCAAUUUUCUGAACUUUCCCUCCUGACCCCCACCCUAGCAGUUUGGACUCUACAUUCUAUCCAGUGCUGUAGAAAUAUAAGGACAGGAUCUCAAGGAACUGGGCAGCAAGUAAAGAAAGGAGAUAAUUUGAGAGCAAGGAUGUGCAAAACUCUCCUCCCCACCUCAAGAAUCAAGACUUUCCCCGCAAAUUCUGUUUUUUUGGUUUUUUUUUUUACUUUUGUCAAGACUUUUUCUAGGUUGCUCUUGGGCCAUAGGCCUUCUUAGUGACAGUGGUGAUGAACCGGAGGUUGAGCAGAGUAGGAAGGCGGGGCUCAAGGGGUGGGGCCAAGCCAAAGGGCCUUUCACUUGGGAGCUUCUCCAUUCUGUCACCUCUCCGGGAACAUCCAAGGCAAGACUGGCACCCAGCACAGCAGUGACUGACCACAUACCCGAGUUCCCAGGAACCAUGGAGUCCUUCAGCUCAAAGAGUCUGGCACUGCAAGCAGAGAAGAAGCUACUGAGUAAGAUGGCAGGUCGGUCUGUGGCUCAUCUCUUCAUUGAUGAGACAAGCAGUGAGGUGCUAGAUGAGCUCUACCGUGUAUCUAAGGAGUACACGCACAGCAGGCCCCAGGCCCAGCGGGUUAUCAAGGACCUGAUCAAGGUGGCUGUCAAGGUGGCUGUGCUCCACCGCAGCGGCUGCUUCAGCCCCAGUGAGCUGGCCCUGGCUACCCACUUUCGAGACAAGCUGCGGCAGGGAGCCAUGACGGCACUUAGCUUUGGCGAGGUGGACUUCACCUUCGAGGCUGCUGUUCUGGCGGGCAAACUGACCGAGUGCCGGGAUGUGCUGCUGAAGUUAGUGGAGCACCACCUCACACCCAAGUCACACGGUCGCAUCCGCCACGUGUUUGAUCAUUUUUCUGACCCAGACCUGCUCACGGCCCUCUAUGGGCCUGACUUCACUCAGCACCGUGGCAAGAUUUGUGAUGGGCUCAGGAAGCUGCUGGAUGAAGGGAAGCUCUGAGAGCCCCAAAUCUAGCACAUUUCACCUUGGCAAAAUGGCUGACUGAGAAACAACAGACAAUGGGCUUCCUAACCCUGCUCAUCUGCACUAACGCUUUUCAAUCCUCAGGCUUCAUUCUUUCCCAAGAGCACUUUGACUCUGAGACCACCCCACCCCCAAACAGCUGGUGGAGAAGGAGCAAUGCUGAGGGGUGAGGCCCCUCUCCCACUGUAGCCCCAGGACAGGAAACAGAGCUGCAUGAAAAAGACGAAGUGAUACUUGGAUCUCCAUUUCUCCCAUAAGGGACUUCUGAAACAGGGAAAGCCCCUCCUCUAUGAACCCACGGGAGGGGGCACAACCUAUAUAACCCCUCCAGGGACACUAAAGACAGAAGGGGGUAAGGUGGCCCUUAGAGACAGAGCUUGGACAGAUACCAGAGGCUGUGUUUCACAGUGCAGAAAGAAGGGGUGAGGGCAAGGGAGAUUCUCUCAGGGGAAAUAAAACUACUAAAACAUG